AUGGGCAUACUUAAGACUGCUUAUCCAUUGUUAACACUUUCAUUGGAGUCUUUGGUCGACCAAAUCAACCAAAGAUUCAAAUGCACUGCUGAUGAAGAUGCUUACAGAUUGGGUGUUGCUCUCCUUAAUGAUGGUGUUCAGUACCUCAAUCGAUUGGGAAACCCCAGAGAAGAUGCCAAGCUUCCUCCGGUAACUGAAGCGAACAUAACCCGCUUUGCUGAGACUGUUUUGCCAAAGCAGAUUCGAGCUGAGUUUGAGAAAGACUUGGUUGUUGGCAAGCCAAAUUUGGAGACAUAUAUCAUCAAGUUGAGAAAGUGGCGUGAUAGACUCGAAGACAAGCUUGAUCGUCGCUUUUCUGAAAUCAAUUUGGAGAAUCUUUGCCCUCACUUGAGUGAAUUCCACCAUCAAAAGUUCGAGGAAAUUGAAGUUCCUGGACAGUAUCUACUCAACAAAGACAAUAACACCCACUUUGUCAAGAUUGAGCGGUUCCUUCCAACUAUCGAUUUGGCUCGUGGCACGAAUGCUUGCUACAAAAGAUUGAAGAUUCGUGGUCAUGAUGGAAGUCUUCAUGCUUUCGCAGUUCAAUUCCCUGCUGCUCGUCACUGUCGCCGCGAGGAAAGUAUCUUCCAAUUGUUCAGAAUAUUCAGCGACACUCUUUCACGAAAAGUCGAAACCAGGAGAAGAAACAUCGAGUUCACGGUGCCUGUGGCUGUCCCAUUAUCCCCACAUAUUCGGAUCAUUAGUGACGACGUAAAGGAUAUCACCAUGCAGAAAGUGUACGAGGACUUCUGUCGUCGCAACGGUAAGAGUCGGGAUGAGCCGUUUAUCUACACCAUAGACAAGCUUCGUGCAGCCUAUGAUCCUCGCUUGCCAAAGCCUGAUUUGAUGAGUAUCCGAGUGGAGAUUUUGAGCGCCAUUCAGACUUUGCUUGUUCCAUCUACCGUUCUCAAGAACUAUUUUAUGGAACUCUAUCCUCAAUUUGAAGAUUUCUGGUUGUUCCGCAAACAGUUCACGUCUCAAUAUGCUUCGUUCAUCUUCAGCACUUAUAUGAUGUGUGUGAACACUCGCCAGCCCCAAAAGAUUCAUGUCAACAAGGGCUCAGGAAACGUGUGGACUUCAGACAUGUUACCUUGCAAGAUAGCCAGCAAGAAUGCUUCGCUUGAUGGUAGUCAAGGUGGACGUCCAGCACCACUCUUCUAUAACGCCGAGAUGGUUCCUUUCAGAUUGACGCCAAAUAUCCAAAAGUUGAUUGGAGAGACUGGAAUGGAAGGUAUCUUGUCGGUAUACUUGUUAGCCAUUGCCAGAGCAUUAACCGAGCCAGAAUCUGACCUCGAACAAUACUUGACUCUCUUUGUCAGAGACGAGGUGAUAUCGUGGUGCAACCAGCAAGAUCCACCACGGUCUUUGCCUCAGGAUUCACAGUUGAGAGAGAUUGUCAGAAUGAACGUCGACUUGGUGAUCAAGAGAGUAUUGACUAUGGGACAUCCCAGCAACAACCAGGCGGUCACCACACAAAAUAUUCUCGAUUUGAUAUCGCAGGCUGUCAACCCUAGAAACCUCGCUGCGGCAGAUACGUUGUGGAUGGCCUACUUUUAA